CAGCAGCAGCAGCAGCAGCAGCAGCAGCAGCAGCAGCAGCAGCAGCAGCAGCAGCAGCAGUAGCAGCAGCGGCAGCGGCACGGCAGCAGCAGCGGCGGCGGGGGCGGAGGGAGGAGAGGCAGCAGCAACAGCAAACGCAGCAGCAGCAAGCGCAGCAAGAGGAGAACUGA